AUAAAGCUCUUUUUCAUCUUCGUGUUGUCGAAAUUGCGUUUAUGCCAUCUGCCGUUACACAAGAAAGCUGUUGGAACGCGUAAGCAGUCGAGUGUUCAUACACUGAUUGACAGCGCGCCUUUAAACAAGAAAAAAAAACAAGAUAAGCUAUCCGAAUACUUUAAACUGAUACGACUCAAAAGGUCGUGUCAGAGGUUAAAGCUGCUUGCAGCAGCCAGGAUAGAGUUAUUCUACUGAAUUUAACUUUUGAAGACUGUUGGACAGCAAUCGGGAAAUUCCGGACGCCUGUUUUGGAUACGGUUGCCUUAAAGCGACGACGAACGUUCUACUAGUGUAAAAAAUGAAGGACGCGGAGUAUGAAGCUGUCCAAACAGGCGAUAACCAUGAUGUGAUUAUCCCUAUGACUGCCAACUCAUCACAGAAGAUCACAUAUAGCUGGGAAAACUUGACAGCUUACGUAAAUAUGCCAUCCGGCGGUUGCUUCAGCAGUUUGUGCAAAAAGUCUCCACCAAUCCAGAAAAAAAUACUAGAUAAUGUCAGCGGAGUUAUUCAUCAAGGAGAAUUUUUGGCCAUCAUGGGGGCUAGUGGAGCUGGCAAAACUACACUUUUAAAUUGUUUGACAUACCGUAAUACGGGGAAACUAACUAUUGUUGGAGAUAGGUAUCUAAAUGGUUCUGUGGUCAAUCCUGACUCCUUAGCGCGUAUAUCUAGUUAUAAUCAACAGCACGAUCUUUUUGUUGGAACACUUACUGUAAAGGAGACACUGCACUUUCAGGCGUUACUCAGGAUGGACAAACAUUUGACUUAUGCUGAACGCAUGAAUCGAGUCGAGGAAGUAAUUGCUGAACUAGGGCUUACCAAAUGUGCUGACUCCUUAAUUGGCGAGCCCGAAAGAGCCAUUAAAGGUAUUUCUGGUGGCGAAAAGAAACGACUGGCAUUUGCCACAGAGAUUCUUACCAAUCCCCAGCUAAUAUUUUGUGACGAACCCACUUCGGGUCUGGAUUCUUACAUGGCUCAAAACAUUAUUGAGGUACUUAAGAACUUGGCGUCAAAAGGUAAAGUGGUCGUCUGCACCGUUCAUCAGCCGUCUUCUCAAGUAUUUGCUAUGUUCGACCACAUUUUACUAAUGGCCGAAGGACGAACAGCUUUCAUGGGUCCUACUAACAAAGCUCUUGAUUUCUUCUCAAGUCAGGGUAUGCCGUGCCCACCGAACCAUAACCCCGCUGAUUUUUUCAUUCACGCAUUGGCCUCGAUUCCUGGCCAAGAAGAAGAAACCAAUAAGAAAGUAAAAGAAAUCUGCGAUAAUUUUGAAUCCUCUGAAAUGGGGAAAGACCUGCUCCAGAUGGCGAAAGAUAAUCAGCCAGUUGUAGCGAGUGCAAAUGGUGGGGACACCAUUUCUAGCCCACCAAACCUUCAGUUUAAACGUUCUCCCUAUAAAGCUUCAUGGUCGACGCAGUUCAGCACUGUAUUAUGGAGAUCGUGGACUACAGUUCUCAGAGAGCCCCGUGUUCUUCGCAUGAAGGCUGUCCAAACCAUUUUUGUUGCUGCUUUACUUGCGCUGAUUUAUAAAGGCCAAACAAUAACUGAAGCCGACGAUAUCAUGAAUAUCAAUGGUGCGCUUUUUAUCCUCUUGACCAAUGCUACCUUUCAAAACGUUUACGCCGUUGUCAACGUUUUCGCGUUGGAACAGCCGAUAUUCUUGCGUGAUCACUUCAACGGAAUGUAUCGCACAGACGUUUACGUAAUCUGCAAAAUGUUGGCUGAUUUACCGUUUCAGUUAUUGUACUCAUUUUUAUUCAUCGCCAUACCUUACUAUCCUAUUGGUUUUAAUCCGGACAUCAACAGAUUUCUGAUUACUGUUGCUAUCAUGGUCGUUGUGGCCAGCGUAGCCGCGUCAUUUGGUUACUUCGUGUCUUGCCUAGCGUCGUCUCCAAAGAUUUCAUCUGCCCUAUCUGCUCCAUUGAUUAUUCCUCUGAUGCUGUUCGGAGGAUUUUUUCUUAAUAACGGAUCAGUGCCAAUCUACUUCCAAUGGCUUCGCUACAUUUCUUGGCUUAUGUAUGGUAAUGGAGCUCUAACCAUCACUCAGUGGCAGGGCGUUACGUUUGAUUCUCCAUUAUGCAAUGUAAACGUCACCGUUGCUGGUCAAACAUGUACUGGAGAGGACGUCCUGGAUAGUCUCAACUUUGAACCGACAUACUUUUAUCGUGACAUUGGGUGCUUAUUCGCCCUGAUGUUCGGUUUUAGAUUCGUAGCUUAUCUAGCACUGCUCAAGAAAACGUCACGUUAAACCUGCAGCGUUAUAGAAACUUCCGAGUUGGUGUGUCAAGGAAAGCAUAAUUGCUUCAUUUAAUGAUUUUGAAUCCUAUAAUUUUUUAAAUAAUCCAAUAAACUCAGCGCGCCUUUUAAGUUCCAA